AUGGCUCCAGGGGAUGGACUCCCUGUUUCUGCUGAGCUGAUUUCGCACAAACUUUCUGCACUUGCUAGGCGUCUUCAUGCAUGCGUGUAUGGGUGCGUUCUUGCCUAUGCGGAUUGUAUUCUACGAGUCAAUUCGGUCAAAAGCCUGCAAUCAAGUGACAGGAAAGACGAGUACGGAGAGGCUGCUGAAAUCCCAGAGCCAAUAGAAGCUGCCUGGAUUUCAAAGAACUAUGGUGACGAUCUGUACCUACAAUGCACGUACACUUGCAUCCGAAUCCUCGAUAGAAGACUUGAUCAUGCAAGCAAGAAGGAUAAGGUACGACGUCAUCGGCCUGGCCGAGAUGAGGAGAGGCCAGCUUUCAACGCCGUCUAUGACACCGGAAAAAAACUGUUCCUCGGAGCAUGCGACAGCAGAGGAGUCGGCAGCGUCGGCGUUCUCGUCAACACGAGUUUGUCCAUGAACAUAGAUUCAUUCGAACAACUUACAACCCGAAUCGGACGUUCACGAUUAAAAAGACGUGGGUUAAUUCCGGCUUUGAAAAUCUUCGUCGCUUACCACACAUUCUUCAAGGUCAUCAUUGGAGAUUUCAACGCCAAGAUUGGACCAGAACGUCUGACGAACGUCACAUUGGGACCCACGGAUUGGAAUGGAUCGAACAGAGUUCUCUCCAUGGUAGACGGUUUCGAACAUGGUGCCGCUUGCAAGCGUCAUCCUAUGAUCCAUAAAGAGUUUACCGCCAGAUAUACAGCUGGUUUACAUCCAGACGAAUACACAUUCAAAGAAAACAUAUACGAGUUGGUCAUCUAG